UCCAGCCUUCAGCAGGUCACAGAAGCUCUUGGUCGGUUUGAAGGAAGUUUAUAGCAAAAUCUAAAACUUCUCUGAAAAAAAAUCAUAGGAACAUGGGGCUGUUAGUUUUCACUUCAAAAACCUUCCUGCUCCUGCUUAGCUUAGUAUUCCUGGCUGCUGCUGCUGCAUUGUGCUAUGUUGGUGCAACUCUUAUUGCAACUUACAGAAGCUAUGAAGACUUCCUGUCGAACACGUAUGUGAUGCUACCUGCAGUGAUUAUUCUAGGAGUAGCUGCUGUUACUUUCAUUAUUGGGAUCCUUGGCUGCUGUGCCACCCUUAAGGAAUCCUGCUUUGGCAUGGGAUGUUUCCUAGGUUUGAUCUCCAUAAUAUUUGCAGCAGCAGUAGCCGCCUUAGUUUUGGGACUUGUGUACAAAGACAAGCUAAAUCCUACGUUGCAAGCAAACAUGCAGGUCCUUUUCCAGAAGGAUGAUGGGAAGGGAUUAGAAAGUACAGCUGUUGAUUUUUUGCAAAAAGAGAUACAAUGCUGCGGAGUUAGCAAUUACACUGAUUGGAUGAAUAACACCUGGGCAUGGAGACAGAAAAGUAAUACUUCUGUGCCUGUCAGCUGCUGCAUGAAGAACAGCACAAGCACACAGUGUAAUGUGGACUUCAAAGAUCUGAAGGAAAUUAACAAAGAGGGUUGCGGCACAAAGUUGGAGACCAUAAUACAGAGAGUACUAAGCUAUGCGCUGCUUGUCGUGUUGGCAUUUGCUAUCAUUGAGUUACUUGGUUUAAUAAGCAUCUGUAUAGUCUCCUGCCGACCAGCUAGAAGUGGAUACCAACUGCUCUAGGCUGUAGAAAUGAACACAUCUUGUACAUAACACGCUGAAUCUCAAACGAGCAGUUUUUUUUUUUAAUGAUAAAUUGCAAAGUUGAUUUUGAUUUACCUGAUCCCUAUAUCAUGUGACAGCCAUCAACCAAUCCCAGAUAUAUUAUUCAACUUCCACUAAUCCCAGAGGAGUAAGACAUUUUUACUAUUGAGUGCGAUAUUAACAAAAAUAAAUAAUGUUUUGUAUUAAAACUGUAUAAAUUGCCUUAAUUGGGCUAUUUGUAACCUCAAUAAAGAAGGGGAAAUUGUUUAA